CGCAGGAGGGCGCGCGCCCGGGCACGCGCGGUUCCCUUCGCCCGCUCCCUCCUCCUCCCCCCACUUCCUCCCGCUCUCGUGGGGCUGGAUGGGCCUCACGGACGCUGCCCAGCGGAGCAGGCGGGCUCGCGGCCCCACGGGCCCCGGUGGUUCGCCUCCUCUCGGACCAGGCAGGCGGCGAGGCCCGGGCGGGAGGAGCGCUCGGCGCCGCUGAGGGGCCCCGGCCCUCUCUCCCCGGCGGCGGUGGCAGCAGUGGCGGCGGCGGCUUCUCCCCCGGUGCAAUAUGUUCAAGAGAAUGGCCGAAUUUGGGCCUGACUCCGGCGGGAGAGUGAAGGACAUGGAGUAAGUGACUGGACCUUGUGGCAGUUGGACCUUGUUUCAAAAGGCUGACAAUGCCCAUGACAACGGUACCCCAAGUGUGAACUUGCUAAAUGUUUGAUGAAGGUGAAGGCUGCAAGGAUUAAGCCUGUAGUGAAUGGCAUUUGUUCACUUACUGUGCUUUACUUCCCACAAACAGGGGGUUACUAUUGUUAAACCUAUAGUUUAUGGUAAUGUUGCUCGUUAUUUUGGAAAGAAAAGAGAAGAAGAUGGUCAUACUCAUCAGUGGACGGUAUAUGUAAAGCCGUACAGGAAUGAGGAUAUGUCAGCAUAUGUGAAGAAAAUCCAAUUUAAAUUGCAUGAAAGCUAUGGUAAUCCUUUAAGAGUUGUUACUAAGCCACCAUAUGAGAUUACAGAAACAGGUUGGGGUGAAUUUGAAAUAAUCAUCAAAAUAUUUUUCAUUGAUCCUAAUGAAAGACCUGUAACACUUUAUCACUUAUUAAAGCUGUUUCAGUCAGACACCAAUGCAAUGCUGGGGAAAAAGACUGUGGUUUCUGAGUUCUAUGAUGAAAUGAUAUUUCAAGAUCCAACAGCAAUGAUGCAACAGUUAUUAACAACAUCUCGCCAGUUAACCUUAGGAGCCUAUAAGCAUGAAACAGAAUUUGCUGAACUUGAAGUAAAAACCAGAGAAAAAUUAGAAGCUGCCAAGAAAAAAACAAGCUUUGAAAUUGCUGAACUUAAAGAGAGAUUAAAAGCAAGUCGUGAAACUAUCAAUUGUUUAAAAAAUGAAAUCAGGAAGCUUGAAGAAGAUGAUCAAACUAAAGAGAUAUAAAAGAAAAAUCUCAUGAGGACUUAGUAGGGAAGCAACUGAAAAGAGAGUGAAUUUUGUGGACUAAGUGCUAUUAUGUUUCUUAAAGGAAAUUCAGGAUAAUUAUCUAUCUUGGGCUUCUUAGCAAAGACUCCCAGGAUUUGUACCUCUCAAACAAUUUGAAUGUAAAAUCUGCGUAUGUAAUUAUAAAUGCACUGUACAGGCAUUUUGCUGAUCCAGUGAGGGCAUUUCUAUGACUUCAAGCACAACCUCUGGUUUAUUGUUGUUGUUGUUGUUGUUUUUAAUUGCAUUGUGUAGAAAGCUUGAUAACUUUUGUGAGAAAUUUUCACUGUAAGGUAUAGCUUUUGCACAAAUUUUGUAUUUUUUCAGAAUGUAGAAUUAGGGUUUUAAAAAACAGACUUGCCCAUUUAACUGCUUCCAGUAGGCUUACACCUAUGUUGUAUGUGCUACAGAGAGGUCCCCCACAGAAAUGAACCUUUCCUCACUUGCAGUGAUCCCUCCACGUGCAGCCUCUGCAGACUUAGAACACUGAAAACCACGGAGCUGCGUCGGCCCACCACUAGAUCAGUAUUGGACAUGAAGGGGCGUUUAGAAGAAUGAAAGGCGUUGCGGAUGUAAGCUGUACAGCUCCAAGGACACCUGCCAGUGGAUAGUGUUGAAAUUUUACUUUUUCUCACCUUCUGAGUUUUGAAGGGAGUUUUUGUGUUCUGUCGCAUGGGUUAAGUGAGACUAGCCAAUGCAGCACUGCAGGAGUCUGGUCAGGGAAUUGGCAGGGUGUUGGUUCCCAUUUAGGGAACAAGGACUGCACCUGUGGUUUCGUUGGUAUUGGAAACUCCCUGGUUAGGGAACUUUCUGCCAGAGCUGGUAGGCAUCCUUUCUGCAGUUUAUCGCCUGAGACUUGCCUAGAGCACCAAGAAGUUGAGUGAGUUGCCGAGGAUCGCAGCCAGUGUGUGUGUCAGAGAUGGGACUGGAACCUGGGCCUAUCCACUGGGCCGCAAUGCCUUUCGUUUACUUAGGCAUAAUCUUGGGAGGCUGAAGAGCAUAUUUCCAUGUUUGAAUGUAGUUUGUAAAUAAAUAUUUGAAGAUAAAAUAAACCUUGAUGGAUUAAUUUAAAA